GGUUCCCAGCCCUAACACUUCAAAUAGGUCCAAUAUUGUGACAUCAUAAUUGUGAUUGUGACAUCACAAGUUCGAUUGUGAUGGCGAAUCAAACAUGGAACAUCAUAAUGGGCUUUGUUAUUCCUAUUGUUCUCGGAGUUAUGACAAUGUCGAUUAUCCCGGGGUUAAGUGGGGUGAACGACAAACUUAUCCGCACACUGGUUGGUGGGGGGGUGGUCGUUGGGUUUUAUUUCCUGUUUAAAUUCUUGAAGUGGGAGUUGAUAAGGAAGUUGCUUGAAUACAGGGAAUGGAUGUACGACCAUCACAGUUUUAAAACUAAGGCAUGGGGGAUUCUAUUAAAGCUGUUAAUCCCGAAGAACGUAAAGCUGUUCCAACUCGAAAAAUACCUCCCUAAAUAUCCCUUGCCAAAACUGGAUGACACAUGUGACAAAACCCUGACGAUGGUUAAACCGUUGCUUAGCGACGAAGAGUUCAAGAAAGUUUCCGAAACAAUGGAAGACUUCCGGAAAAACGAAGGUCCAAAGCUACAGAAAGUUUUGGAAAAGCGAUACGACGAGACGGAGAAUUGGCUGGCUGAACUUUGGAAUAAAUAUCUUUACCUUGGAAGCAGGGGACCUUUACCUGUCCAUUCCAACUAUUGCUGCCUCGGUGAUCGAGCGUUCCAAUACAACGACCCGGGGUCCAACCAACUCAGCCAGAUGGCCAACUGUAUUUAUUACUUCAUGGAGUACAUGGGGAAGAUUAAUAAUGGAUCGCUAGCAGGCAUGAUGAUACAGAACAUCGUCCCCAUAUGUUGCGAUCGAUAUCGAUACUUGUGCGCUACAACUCGUAUACCCGGUGAAACCAUCGAUGAAUUGAAAAGGUUUCCAAACUCCACACAUGUCAUCAUAUUCAGAAAAGGUCUGAUGUACAAACUUGACCUCAAAGUUUUGGAUUCCGAGGGGAAACGAACUUUUUUGACCCCGACCGAGAUCCAGGGUCAACUUAAGGUCAUAAUGGAGGAUGCUGACCUCAUGGGGUCAAAGGUCGAAGGUGAAAUUCAAAACCCGUCAAUUUUUACGACAACGGAGAGAACUCGGUGGGCCAGGAUUCGCAACAGAAUGUUGGUGAACCGAACCAAUAUGGAAAGUUUAAACAUCGUAGAAAGUUCCGCGUUUUGUUUUGUGCUCAGUGAAGAUACCCCACAGAACCACAGCGAGGAGUUCGCGUCUUACCUCACCGGCAACGGAUUUGACCGCUGGUUCGACAAAUCGUUUACUUUUAUUGUGAAUAAGAACGGGGCGAUGGGAUUCAACGUGGAACAUUCAACUUCGGAAGCUACUCUCGGCGGACGCAUGUGGGAGUACACGUUGUUUCAUUGUAAAUAUAAUGUCCAUGGUGACCCCGUUGACCCCCGACCCCCCACCCAUCCCACCCUCCAUGACCCUCGUCAACUUAAAUGGGAUCUCACCGAGUUCAAAGAUGAAAUCGCGGACAUUAAAACUGAAUGGGAUAAACUGGCAAACAACGUCGACGCAUGUGUCUACUACAUGAACAAAGGAAAAGGAAUCGCAAAGAAAAUGAAAUUAAGUCCCGAUGGUUUCCUACAGAUGGCGCUACAACUAGCGUUUUAUCGGGAACGGAAAAUUACGCCGAAAACUUACGAAACUGCGGCUACAAGAUUAUUUAAAUACGGUCGAACUGAGACAAUACGUCCGGUGUCUGAACAUUCGGUCGCUUUCACUAAGUGUUUUGACGACCCCUCUGUCCCUGACUCUGUGAAGAUCAAACACUUAAAAUCUGCGAUAAAACAUCAGACCACGUACAAGUUUGACGCAACUAACGGUAGAGCUGUAGAUCGCCACCUACUGGGACUUUACUUCGCUGGAAAGUUUACAGGGAAUGUGCCGGAGUUGUUUAAACUUAAGCCGUUCUACGAGUCCGACCUUCUCUCCACCUCCCAAUCACCCCUACGAUACGACCCCGUUAUCGGGAAGAUUUCGACAACGGACCCCAUAGGGGGCGGAUUUGGGGCACAACGAGUGGACGGGUACGGGGUGUCUUACUUCAUGCUAGAAAAUAAAGUUCAUUUCUUGAUUACAAGCUUCAAAAGUUGUUCGGAAACAAACUCGUUGAAAUUUGGGCAAAACAUUGAACGGGCCGUUAAUGACCUCCAGGUGUUGUUGGCGGGAGGAAAUCAACAGAAAUCCAACAAAGAAACAAAUGGGAGUGUGGGGAAAGGAGACAAGUGAUGUUUUUUCUGAAAAAAAAACAAACAAUUUUUUUAAAUUUUGGGGAUUUUGGGUUUAGUGGUAAAGGGAAGGUUCUUAUUAUUAUACUUUAAGAAGCAAUUUUAAAAGUUUAAGCAGUUUUUGUGAAGUUAAAAUUAUUUUAGUAGGUUGGGGCAAAAUGGUUCGUGUUUCCAUUCCUCUUUAUCGUCUCAUUUUGUAGGAAAAAAAUAUAUCACAGAAUAUAUAAAUGUAUCCUUACAACUCUAAAAAAGGAUUGUUAAACCAUUUCCAUCUUACCCCACAAUACUAUAUUACACUUAAAAUUGUUAAGUUUUUAAUUUUUUAGCCCCCAAAGUUCAGCCUUUAAAUUUUCAGCCAAAAAUUUUUCAAAAACUAAUUAAAUUUUAAUUUCAGCAUUUUUUUGGUAUUUUUGAGUAAAUUUGUUUGUUAAUUUGAAUUUUUAGUAGUUUCCCAAUAUUUUGUGUGCGCUGUAUAUUAUGCAUACCAAUACUAGUGCUUUAAUUAUUUUUUGUACUGUAAAAUAUUCUGUAAGAUUGUUAGUUAUUUUUGAAUCUGUAAAUAUUUUAAAUUUUAGAGUUUAUUUGUAAGCAGAUGUCUAAUUGCAGUAAUUGGAACAAAAUAUUGUUAAUUGUUGUUGAAAUGCGUUUAAAAGUGUUGCGUUGCUUGAAAAAUAAAACAGAUAUUCAGCUA